AUGCGUGCUAUGGAGGAGGCCCCUUGUGUUGCGGAGGUUACACACAGCUGCCUCUCCAUUGACGGCCUUAGCCUUACGACAUCGGAUGAAACCCCCAACAAAAAUAUCCGCGCGUCUCAUACGCGCGACGAGAAGGGCGUGAACCUUUUCUUGACCGCCUCGUGCACAAAUAUAUAUUAUUACCGCAAUAUCUUUACGAGCACCAUUAUACCCCAGCGAAAGCAACAACACGAUACAAUGAACGAGCAAGACGGACAAAGCAGCGGGCAGGAUGCCCGCAGCAACAGCAGCAUCUCGGAUGUGAGUGUUGCCUUCAACGACAGCCCAACGCUGCCUUUCAGCUUUGUAAGAGGUGGCGAAGACGACAGAAACGACGACGAGCCCGCUCGUACCGAAGAAGAAUUCGGCCCGGAAGACACGGACGACGUGGGCGAAAACGGUGACAACAACAGCAUUGGCUGGCACCAGCCUGGCCCCCCGCCUCCUGCCCCGUCGGCAGUGUCACCAUCACUUGCUGCACCGGAGGCAGUCCUCCCAAAAAUGAAGAUUACGAUGCCAUUCAUGAGAGCAUACAAAGCCAUGCGUGGGCCGCGUGACGUGGAGCCAAGCCCGUUAUUCGGCUGUUUUAUCAAAUCCCAGAAGUGCAGCGAAGGUGGCUCUGAACAAGAGACGGUAGAUGACCCGUUCAGGCUGGCUGGACGCGAUGAAGAAACUUACAAUAGUGGCAGGCUCCUAAACGAAGUCAAUGAUGCGAUCAUUCGCGAUUGCAUCGACGACAAGGCAGCGUACAAGUCCCGGCCAUUUUCGUUCGACAUCAAUGACGACGACGAUUUCGGACGCCAGACGGUCUUCUACUUCGAUCAGCCAAUUGUCUCACCGUUGCUGUCACAGGGGACUGAAAGACUCUCCGAAGACUGUAUCGUAGGGCAAUUCGAUGGCGAUAACAACGGGGAUGACAUCACUGACCACCUGCUGGAUCACACCAAGCUGGACGAAGGAUGGACCAAGGCAAUUGGACCUUUUGAAUCUGACGAAGAAGAUGCGUACGUUUCUGAUGACGAUGGGGAUCCCGCCGAAGUUCGCAUAUCACCAGCCAUCUUCCGGGCUCUUGCUGCUGGCUGCACGCUCGACGAUGUCGACACCCUCCGCCAAUCUGCGUCAGCCGAAGCGUCUCUUCGGCCACUCACUCCGCAGGACAAGAUCCUAGACGUGUCCAUGGAUGCAAAGCAGUGCAACAAUGUUGUGCCGUAUUGCCACCGGCGGCAGUUCGACAUCCACACGGGAGAAGAGCUGAGUCCUGUAUACCGCAUUGAGGCCGGACCCGCCAGCUCCAUUUUAUGGUCACCACCAGGAGUGACGCCGGAGCGAGCCGGUCUCUACUUGCUCCUGCUCCAAGAGGGGCAAGGCGAGCAGCAACAACUGUCUCGAGGAACCGGCAUGCCUUGGCUGUUCCAGCGGAUGGCACCGUGGGACUGUCAAGAACUACGAUCUCGUUUGUACGGCGGGGAGCAAAAUAACAGAACUGGUGGCUCAGUACCAUCCGCGUCACCGUCAUCAGCAUCAUUUACCUCGUCAAGCUCCGAAUUGUCAACAACACAAGGCCCGAGACCAUGUAGCUCAAACGGUACUGGGAAGGGAACGGGCAGAACCAAGACAUUUACUUGGUCCGAAGUCAAUGAGGCCGUGCAUAGCUGCCGCUUUGAUCCUGCUACCGGAACUUUGACAUCUCUGGAUGUCGACCACUGCCAUAGAAGAAGGCCACCGACUGCUCCAGCUGGGUCUUUCUGCAGCUGGGGACCGAAUAGAAUGGCCACCGGACUCGAAACCGAGCGAGCUCUCCUGCAGACCUUCCGCGACAGCUGGCGCACCAUCCAAGACGGGCAAGCGGCCAAUGCCAGCCUCGUUGCUGCCAACGAAAAGGCGCAGGCGGCCAUCACGGAACAGGCCCGGUGCCUCGCCAACAUUGAGCACCAGCUUGCGGUCUGUCGGGCAGCCGAACUGGCACGCCAACUUGACGAAGCAAAGGAACACUACCGCCAGCAGUGCCAGUCCGAACGCACGGCGCGGAAGUUGCGCCGUCGCCGUGACCACGUGGUACGUGGCAUCAAUGAGCACCUCCAGAGCGUGCGAACAACAGUGUGCGAGACAGAGGCCCAGCUGGCACAGGGGCGGGAGUUGCAGACAGUUCUCACUCGGCGCCUGCGUGAUGGCGAGGCCCGGCUGGAGCGCCUGUGCAGGGACUAUGACGUGGCCGACGCGAGCGAGCUCUCCAAGGUCCUCGCAGCGCAGCUCGCUCGGAUGGGCGUCGCAGACAUCGUGUGA